AAGUGGAAGCCAGAAGGUCGUUCAUAGCAAGUAUUGUUUACGUGGUCCUUCCCAACCGCUUAGAAAAGUACGACUAUACUCAUAUUUUCGACUUUUCACCUCUAUGCUUCUGUAUGGCCAAGCCCACACUUAAGCCUCAAUGGCAGAGUUUAUACUACCCGCUGGCCAACGAGGUGUGGACCGCCAUUCUGGUUACUUUAAUCCUGACAUGCCUGGUCCUAGUCAUGGUCACUCGAUCAAAGAUGAGUGGUCAUGGUCGUGCGGAAGCCUUAGCUUUGGUGCAGGAGGUGGUGGGGACACUGCUAGGCCAGGGCUUCACUGGGCGACUUUCCACCAGUCGUUCCAACCCUGUGUUAGUAGCAGCCUGGUUGGUGUUUGCCUUCAUCGUGGCUACAGCUUACCGCUGCAACCUCACCGCCUCCCUCACACUGCCCAAAUAUCCACCCCGACCUGAGACUGUCGAGCAACUCGUCAAGGCUGUGGACAGGGUGACAAUGGAGUCGUGGGGAUCUUCCUACAAGGGUUUAUUUAUUGAGUCGGAGUCAAGUGUUUUCAACGCCUUGGGGGAGUUGAUGUCUCUUGGAGUCGGUAUCGUUGGUGGGCUGCAAGACUCACAGAAGAGGAAACAAGCACACCUUGGUGGACGCCAGUACAUAGAACUGACCGUCGCUCAGCACUUCACUCAAUUAGAUGGCUCUUUUCCGAUGUACAUUGGACGGGAGAACAUUAUUUACACUACAGCGGCCUGGCCAGUACCCCACGACGCCCCGUAUAAGCCUGCACUGGAUCGCUAUAUAAUGGCCAUUACGGAGGCUGGCCUGUAUGAACAUUGGAGAAAAGAGAUACUGUUUGAUGCUGAGACGGAUAGUCGCAUAAGUCAGCGGGAGGAACUGAAACAGAAACAGCAACGGAGAGAUUUGAAUAUAGAAGAAGAGUCUGGCAACGGCAGCAUCAAAGCCCUCACCAUCAUACACAUGCAGGGGCCUCUAUUGAUCCUCCUCCUGGGACUUGUCAUUGCUGGCGUCAUCUUUGUGGCAGAAAAACUAAGUGAUGUUCUCUAAAACGAAUCAUGAAAAAGCGAAUAACAAACCAUAGAAUGAGGACAGCAGACAGCACCAGGAUCAAAAGGAUGUGGACAUGGGACAUUUCUUACGAGACUGACACGAGCGUCUCCACAUUGUAUCAUAACAUAAGAACAUAAGAAAAUAAGGAGACUGCAAUAGCCCUGUUGGCCUGUGUUGUAAAAAUUUAUUAUUUUGCAGUAGAUUAUCAAGAUAUCGUUUCACUAGUUUGUUUGUUUCAAUAUCCAUUUCAUUAAAACUACAUUAAUAGGAGAAUAACAAUACUAAUAUUUUUUAUUAUGCAUUUCUUAUCUCUGAAGUAGCGGCAUUUAAUAUAAAAGAGUACGUGACUAGGAAAGGAAGUUAUGCUUUUUAACGUGUUACAAUGAAAUCCGGAUGAUAAUAAAAUCUACAACAAUGUGAAAAACCUAUGUGAAUCUAAAUUCAUGAAUUAUAUGAUUGGACCUCUCCACAGAAAUGGACAACUCUCAGUCUGUUUUAAAGAAAAAUUACAAAAUUGGUUUCAGGAUAAAUUAGUUGACGGAAAUAUUGAAGAAUAUAUUGAGGAAUGGAGUGAUAAAUUGUUCACUUACAUUUUUGAAGACGACAAUGAUAAUGACAAUUCAUUUAUAUAUCAAGAAAUAUAUGACACGAUGAUAUUGCAUCGAUACUACAAUACGAUGACGUGGGAGAAGGUAUUAUCAGACUACUUGGAAUACCUGCAAGAACCAUUACUAUCACCGAUAACAGAAAACCCAUCAGUACCACAAUCAAGAUAAAAAAAACCAAGAUCGACUCGUUAAUCGCCAAGGUACAUUAUAUUUAUUACCUCCCUCACCACCAGAAAAGCCUGAUUCAAAUUUACUAUAAAAACCUACACAAAUUUAUAACCCAACAAACCCAUCCAUCUCAAC